GUUCAAUAAAUCGAACGCUGCAGCCUCCAUCGCAACUCAUUACUCUGCUCUUAUCCAGUAGUUCAUUUUGUUUCCAUGGCAGAAGUUGUUGAGUACAGAUGCUUCGUCGGUGGGCUGGCUUGGACCACCGACGACCACGCCUUGUCAAAUGCUUUUAGCACGUUCGGCGAUGUACUUGAAUCGAAGAUCAUCAACGAUCGUGAGACUGGAAGAUCAAGGGGCUUUGGAUUCGUGACCUUCAGCAAUGAGAAAUCCAUGAGAGAUGCGAUUGAAGGAAUGAACGGUCAGGAUCUUGAUGGCCGCAAUAUCACUGUGAAUGAAGCUCAGUCCCGUGGUAGUGGCGGUGGCGGUGGAGGAGGAGGUUAUAACCGUCGUGAGGGAGGAUACAACCGCGGUGGCGGCGGCGGCGGCUAUGGUGGCGGUGGCUAUGGUAGUGGUGGUGGUGGCGGUGGCUAUGGAGGUGGCAGCGGCGGUGGCUAUGGAGGAGGACAACGCCGAGGUUAUGGUGGUGAUGGAGGCUCGCGCUACUCUGGUGGUGGCGGCGGCGGCUCUGAUGGUAGCUGGAGGAGUUAGAAGUUAGUUGUGUUGUGCUUUACGUCGGUGAUGGUUGCUUCUGAUUGUGGUUUCUUCGUCUUAGUUGGGUUUCUGCUUCUAGUGAAGCAUUGUUGCUUGUUCCUUAUGUUACUGUUCUGGUGGUUGUCUCUGUUUUUGGCCAAUGGUUUCAUGUUUAUCAUAAAAGUAGUGAAAUGAAAUGAAUACGGUUCGUCGUUUCUCUAA